CUCUCACACUCGCAUUCCACUCUACAAAAGCGAGCGAGAGAGAAACACUAGGGUUUUAGGCAAUCCACCACCCAGAGCUACCAAGAGCGAGCGAGAGCGAGAGAGAGAGACAGAGGGCUAGGGUUUUUGUGCAAAGUCAGCGACAAUGGUGGCCGACAAGGGCAAGAAGCUGAAGGUAGCGGACAAAGGUGAGGAGGAGAACAACUCGGAGACAAUCGACGAGAAGCUCGUCCUCUCCAUCGAAAAGCUCCAGGAAAUUCAAGACGAGCUCGAAAAGAUCAAUGAGGAGGCCAGUGAUAAGGUCCUGGAAGUGGAGCAGAAGUAUAAUGAGAUACGCAGGCCUGUUUAUGAUAAGCGGAAUGACAUUAUUAAAUCCAUUCCUGACUUCUGGUUAACUGCUUUUUUGAGUCAUCCUGCUCUCGGUGAACUUUUGACUGGAGAGGAUCAAAAGAUUUUCAAGUAUCUAAGUUCCCUGGAAGUGGAGGAUUUCAAGGAUGUCAAAUCAGGUUACUCUAUCACAUUGCACUUUAACCCAAACCCUUAUUUUGAAGAUACGAAACUUACAAAGACCUUCACUUAUGCCGAUGAUGAUGGAACAACAAAAAUUACUGCUACAACAAUACAGUGGAAAGAGGGCAUGGGCAUACCAAAUGGAGUUAACCAUGAGAAGAAAGGGAACAAGCGUGCUGCUAACGAUGAAAGCUUCUUUAGCUGGUUUACAGAUACUCAAGAGAAAGAUCACUUGGAUGACAUUCAUGAUGAGAUUGCAGAAAUCAUCAAGGAGGAUUUAUGGCCAAAUCCACUCACUUACUUCAAUAAUGACGCAGAUGAAGAAGAUUUUGACGAGGAUGAGGCUGUUGAAGAGGUAAAGGUUGGUAAUGACUCUGAAGAAGAUGAGGAUGACCAAGAAGAUGACGAUGACGAUGAUGAUGAUGGUGGUGAGGAAGAUGGCAAGUAAAACUUGCUUCAACGGGGCAUUCACUUAUGGCUCUCACUGCUUUGGUAACAGCUUGUGUAAAGUGAGUGGUCUCUAGUAGUUGCUGAAGUAUCCUGUGAUAGUGGAGCGUCACCAUGCCAUCUUAACUAUUCUACGAGAGCUCUUUAUUGUGUAGGCAGUUGACUGCCAACAUGGCCAGUCUCUAGUUUUCUGACUUUGUUGUUUCUCUUUGCUGCUUUAAAAAGCCAUAAUUUUCCUACUUUAUUGGGUUAUUUUUGUGGGUUCCCUUCCUACUAUGCCGUCUCCUAGACGAUAAUGGUGUAUUAGUUUAAUGUAUUGCACUCUGUCGUAACUUAAAUGAGGGGAGUAAAAUUAUAGUACUUGGUGUAAA